GGUACCCUAGUUAUACUCCCUACCCUCCUCUAUAUAUACAGCUUCUCCUGAGUCCACAAUCGUACCCCUGGCCCCUGCACCCCUCUCCUUAUCUCAAGAAUAUCACUACCUUCAACUAGAGGGUUGCAGAGGCUAGCUAGAUAGUUUAGAUAUGAAGAGUGUUGGUAACUAUUUGCCUCUAAUUGGUAUGAUCCUGGUGCAGCUGGGUCUUGCUGGUCUGAAUGUGUUGUCAAAGCUCACCAUGGCGUCCGGCAUGAGCCCUUACGUGCUCAUCACCUACCGAAAUCUUGUCGCGGCUGUCUUCCUCGCCCCCUUUGCUUUCUUCUUUGAACGAAAAACUUGGACCUCAAUUAGCAAGAAGACACUAUUACAAAUUUUCUUAUGCUCCGUUGUUGGCGCAACGAUGAACCAGGUGUUUUACUUCGUGGGCCUCAAGUACAGCCGCCCGACCGUGGCGUCCGCGCUGAACAACACCCUCCCGGCGGUGACCUUCGCGCUGGCGGCGGCGCUCAAGAUGGAGCCCGUGGCGGCCCUCGCCGGGAAGGCCAAGGUGGGCGGCACGGCGCUCUGCGUUGCUGGCUCCAUGCUGAUGACCUUCUACAGGGGCGCCCUCAUCAGGACUCUGGACUCUCCGAUCCACUGGCCGUACGUGCAGCGCACCAUGACCGCCGAGGCCGCGGCACACGCCGGCGGGCACGCCGCCGCCCUCGGGGCGGCUCUGGUCAUCGCCUCCAACGUUGCCUGGGCAGUCUGGUUCAUCAUUCAGAAGAAGAUGUCCAACACCUUCUCGUCUCCGUACACGACGACGGUGUUAAUGGCGGCAAUGGCCAGCGUCCAGUGCAGCGUCAUCGCGCUGGCUGCGGAGCGGAGGCUCUCGGCGUGGGCGCUGGGGUUCGAUAUCAGGCUCAUCGGCUCGCUCUACGCGGGGGUGGUGGCGUCAGGGAUUGUGAUCGCGGUGAUGUCGUGGUGCAUCCAGGUGCGCGGGCCGGUGUUCGUGUCCAUGUUCAGCCCCAUGAUGCUCAUCAUCGUCGCCGUCGUCGGCUGGGGCAUCCUCGGCGAGAAGAUACGCGUCGGCAGCGUGAUCGGCGCCGUGCUCAUAGUCGUGGGGCUGUACACGGUGCUCUGGGGCAAGGGAAGGGACAUCGUUGCCGCCGAAACCGCGGAAGAUGACGACGAGGAGAUGAUGAAAACCGGCGGCGGCGAAGCGAGCAACGGGGCCGUCGUCGUCGUCGAUGGCGCGGCGGCCUCGCGGCCAUGCGCCGCUGCUGAUCGUCAUGAAGCAGCGGGCCGGACGUAGCAUGGCACGAGAUUUGCAGUGCAGUCUUAGCUGGUGUGAUGGCCUGAGUUUAUUAUGCCAUCUUGGAGUGUUGAACAAACAGAGCGACAUGAGUAGUAUGUUUCACUUAUUUUAUGAAAUCUAUCUAUCACCUCA